AUGCCACUAGUGCCUGCCUGGCUCAUAUCCACUGCCAGUGUAUCAUCGUUAGGUCGGACAUCGUGUGCUUCUUCUUUUGGCAAAGAAGCAAGUCAACGAGACGUUGAGGAACAAAUGCAUAUCGAAGAUUUUGAUGCGCUUAAAGUGUGGCUAACAAAUCGUUUACAACCUAUUUGCGAUGCUGAUCCUAACGCCUUGGCUAAGUAUGUAAUAGCUUUAGUUAAAAAAGAAAAACCAAAUAACGAGGUCAAGAAUAUCUGUCUAAAUCAGUUAGAAGUUUUUCUUGCUUCAGAAACUACCAACUUCGUCAAUGAAUUAUUUGAUGCCUUGAAAAAGAAAGCAUAUUUAUCAGUAGAUGAUACUACGACUGAUGCUCCAGGCAUCGACAAUGCACCCAAUGUUGAUAGAAGAAUAUCACACUACGAGACCCUUGAUGAUGAUGAGAGAGAUUUUAGGAGGGCACCACGGUCGCGUAACGACGAAGACAGAAUCGAAGAGUCUGUCGAACAUAAUAAUAAUAAUGAGCCAACUGGCAUUCAUGUUGUAGUCUCCACUAGCAAUAGAAGAUCUAAGCGUCGACCGGAAGAUGAUGGACGAAUAGGACAACAUGAUAGAAUUAAUCGCGGCAGACAGCGAACCGAUAGACGGUCAGAUCGUGGAAAAAAUGAGAUGAAAAAUUUAGCGGAUGUUGGUGAUAGGGAAGCACCGGGCACGGUCAACGCUAAUAAUAGGGUACGCUUCCCUCCGAAAAUUCAACAACGAUGCCGUGAUUACGAUGAAAAGGGAUUUUGUGUGCGCGGUGAAACUUGUCCGUAUGACCAUGGCAAUGACGCGGUUGUAGUUGAAGACACACAACAAUUAAGAUUACCAGCAUCUGAUAUACUUGUAGUUGAUAAUGGUAAUAGACCUCCAUUUCGCGUUGGACCUGGAAGGAUGCAACAUCAUAACCCUCCGCCUAAUAUGAUGCCCAUUGUACGUCCAGUUCCACCUGGAUUAAGAUCUUCUAUGCCUCCACCACCGCCAAUGCAAGCAUCAAGAAUGUCUAUGCCGCCACCUAGACAACCAGGAGGUCCUAUUCGCGGUAAAAGAUUACCCUUCUCGGGGAAUGAUGCCUAUAACCCUGAACAGCCUUCGUUUGAAGGUAGAGCUAUGAUGCCGCCACCGGUAUGGCCACUUAGAACGCCUACGUCAGAAAUGAAUUCCGGUAAACCUAUGUCAGAUUUACCCAGGUUUAAACCGCCCAUGUCGGAUGUUAAUAAUGAAAUGAAUAAAAAACGAGUUGCUGAAAUGGAUGAUACUGGACCUCCCCAAAAACGUCGCUUCGAUUAUAAUCGUCUUGGCUUUAAAAGCAAGGCCAGAAUUAGAGAUUCAGUUACUCUAGAAAUUAGAAAAAUUCCACAGGAAUUAAACACUAUAACGAAGUUGAACGAACAUUUUGGAAAAUUUGGUAAUAUUAUGAAUAUUCAGAUUGGCGUCGAAGGGGAUAAACAAGCUGCAUUAAUUCAGUUUUCAACUCACGCUGAAGCUAAAAGUGCUCAUGAUAGCCCAGAAGCUGUUCUAAAUAAUAGAUUUAUUAAAGUUUUUUGGAAAAUUGACCCAAUACCGGAAACUGAGCAAAAACCGGAUGAUGAUAAAGAUUCUCAGCCCAGUAAUGCUACAGAGCUUGCGAAUGUUGGUGAUAAUUCUUCAAAACCAUCAGUUGUGCCAAACAAGUUUCAUAAUCCUGAGGCGUUUAAGAUGUCUCGUAGCGCAGCAGCAACGCCCACUGCUGGAAAUAGUAGUAAGGAUAUCGUACAAAAAAGAUUAGAAAUACAAAAACAGUCUCAAGAUUUAUAUCAGAAAUUAAUUACGCAGUAUAAGAUUCUUGCUAAGAAAUUGAAUGAUACAAAAAAUCCGAAAGAACGUGAUUUUAUACUUCAGUCACUUAAAAAAUUAAACGAAGAUAUCGAUUCGGUUAAAAAUAGGCUAGUUUCAGUUCCAAAAUCUCGAAAAGAUGCCCAAAAGGAGCUAUUAGAUAAAGAAUUAGAGCUGCUGUCAAAGCAAAAUAGCGGUGAAGACACUGCAGAGUUAGAAAAAAGGGUUGAACUAUUAAAGAAAGAGGCGACAGAUCUUGGAUUAAUUGAAAGCCCGAACAAACCAUUUCAUGGAAGGAUUCGCCGAAAGCAACUACGUGGUAGAUGGAGCACGAGAUUUAGAGGUCGUGGUAGAGGACACGCUGCUGUUUCAAGUAGAUCUGUUUUAGAUAAGAGGACAUCACAAUUAAGCGUCCAAGGCCUAUCAAUGGACGAUAAAGACGACAUUAUUACACAUUUUACUCAAUUUGGUAACGUUACUGGAGUUGACGUUGGCGAAAAUGAUCACGUAAUCGUUAAAUUCUCAACUAGGAAAGAGGCGGAAAUUGCCGCUGUAAAAGGAGUCAUCUACAAAACGAAAUCUUUAGUAUUUUCAUGGUAUAAUCCUAAGCCCCAAUCGGAGCCACAAAAAAUGGUAACAGAGGAGAAACAGGAACUAGACUUAGAAUCUGCUCUAUUAGCUGAUGACAUGACAGAAGAUAGUAAUAAGGAACCGGAAGGUUCUAUGAACGUAUCAGAUAAUGAAGGUUUGUCGUCCAGUGAGGAUAGUUUGUUACUGGAUGAAGAGGAUGAAGCUGAUGAAGAUAGGCCGUGGAGGCGAUAG